AUGGGUGUCUCUCCACAAUGGGUUUCUUUUCUUAUGCUUUUGUUGUGUUUUGUUUUUCAUUUGAGUGCUGUCACUCUUGCCGAUCAAAGAGUUGAUGAGAAUAGGUUUCGCGGUGAUGAUGACUACUGUCGAUGGGGCCGAAGAUGUGGUGGACGCUUUGGUCGUGGUCGUGGAUUUGGUGGUGGGGGUGGUGGUGGAUUUGGUGGCGGUGGUGGAGGUGGUAUUGGGGGUGGAUCGGGUCAUGGUGGAGGGUUUGGAGCUGGAGGAGGAGUAGGGGGUGGAGCUGGAGGAGGAAUUGGUGGAGGUGGAGUUGGAGGUGGUGCAGGAGGAGGUGGGGGCGGAGGAGGAGGCGGAGGUGGUGGAGGUGGUCUAGGUGGUGGUUCGGGUCAUGGAGGAGGCUUUGGAGCUGGAGGUGGUGUAGGAGUUGGAGUCGGAGGUGGUGCUGGAGGUGGUGGUGGAGGAGGAGGAGGAGGUGGUGGAGGACUUGGUGGUGGGUCAGGUCAUGGUGGAGGCUUUGGGGCUGGAGGUGGUGUAGGUGGUGGCAUUGGUGGUGGAGCUGGAGGUGGUGGUGGUGGUGGGGGAGGAGGAGGAGGUGGAGGUGGUCUUGGUGGUGGGUCAGGUCAUGGUGGAGGCUUUGGAGCUGGAGGGGGUGUAGGAGGUGGUGCAGGAAGAGGGAGCGGUGCUGGUGGAGGAUUUGGAGUUGGAAUUGGCGUAGGAAUAGGAGUUGGAGUAGGAGCUGGUGCUGGAACGGGCAGUGGUUCUGGGAGCGGCGAUGGUGGUGGCAGAUAA